AUGCUGGGCCGCAGCAGGGACGACCCGGCGCAGCACGGCCAGACCCUGGCGCCGCCCUACUUCACGCAGUUCGCGGGGGGCGGCGGGGGCGGCAAGCAGCCCGAGGAGCGCUUCGACUUCAUCGUGGUGGGCGCCGGGUCGGCCGGCUGCGUGCUCGCCAACAGGCUCAGCGAGGUCAAGGAGUGGCGGGUGCUGCUGCUGGAGGCGGGCGUGGAGGAGCCGGAGGUGGCGGAGGUGCCGGCGAUGGCGCCGCUGCUGCAGAACAGCAACCUGGACUGGCGCUACCGCACGCAGCCGGACGGGCGCGCGUGCAAGGCGCGCCGCGGCCGCUCCUGCGGCUGGGCGCGCGGCAAGGUCAUGGGCGGCUCCUCCGCCAUCAACUACAUGAUCUACGCGCGCGGACACCCCAGGGACUACGACGAGUGGGAGCAGAAGGGCAACGACGGCUGGGGCUACCAGAGCGUGCUGCCGUACUUCAAGAAGUCCGAGGACAACGAGGACGAGGAGAUCGUGAAGAAGAGCCCGGGCUUCCACGGGCGCGGCGGCUACCAGACGGUGGAGUGGUUCCCGUACCAGGACGAGAACGUGGCGCCGCUGAUCGAGGCGUGGCGCCAGCUGGGCUUCCCCGUGACGGACGUGAACGGCGCGCGCCAGCUGGGCGUGGCGCUGCUGCAGGCCACGGCGCGCCGCGGCCGCCGCCUCAGCGCCAACGCCGCCUACGUGCGCCCGGUGCGCGCGCGCCGCCCCAACCUCACCGUGCUGACGCAGGCGCACGUCACCCGCCUGCUGCUCGACCCCGCCACCAAGCGCGCGCUCGGCGUCCAGUUCCUCCUGCAGGGCGCCCACGCGCUCUCCACCGUACUCGCCGACAAGGAGGUGAUCCUGUCGGCUGGCGCCAUCAACUCGCCGAAGAUCCUGAUGUUGUCGGGCGUGGGCCCCAAGCAGCACCUGUCUGCGCUCGGCAUCCCCGUGGUGUCCGACCUGCCGGUGGGGCGCAACCUGCAGGACCACGUGACCACGGACGGGCUGGUGCUCGUCGUGCCGCGCACCAACACCUCGGCCUCGGGCAACAAGCAGCGCGUCGCCGACAUCCGCAGGCACCAGCACCACGGCGACGGGCCGCUCGCCUCCACCGGGCCCCUCCAGGUGGGGGUGUUCGCGCAGUCGCAGUUCGAGGAGGAGCACGACCGGCCCGACCUGCAGUACUCGUUCGACGCGGCCAACGUGGCGGACCUGCUGCGCGACCCGGCCGAGGCGGUCGAGACGAACGUGGAGCCGCUGGCCUACUACGACGGCGUGACGGUGCGGCCCAUCCUGCUGGCGCCGCGCUCCCGGGGCGCCGUGCUGCUCAACCAGUCGGACCCCGUGUGGGGCGCGCCGGAGAUCCACUCCGGCUACUUCAGCGAGUCGCCAGACCUGGACAUCCUGGUGGCCGGCAUGCAGCUGGGCUCGCGGAUGGCCGAGACGAAGGCGAUGCAGCACAUCGGGGCGUACGUGCUGGGCAACCCGAUGCCCGCGUGCGCGGACCGGGCCUUCGGCUCGGACCAGUACUGGCGGUGCGUGAUCCGCCACUACACGGCCACCAUCUUCCACCCGGUGGGCACGUGCGCCAUGGGCCCCCACUGGGACCGCAACGCCGUCGUGGACCCACGGCUGCGCGUCUACGGCGUCCACCGGCUGCGCGUCGUCGACGCCUCCGUCAUGCCGACCAUCGUGCGCGGCAACACCAACGCGCCCGUCAUCAUGAUCGCCGAGAAGGCCGCCGACAUGGUCAAGCACGACUGGCUCUCCCUGGAAGUUCAGUGCCGUUCCGUUCUAGACGCAGCUCGGGCAGCGCAGAGAGCGGGUGGCCGCUGUGUGGCUGCGGCGGGCGCCCCGGACCUCACGCUGCUGGCUCUUCUGGCAGAGCUGCGGCUACUCGAGGUGUGCGCCGUCCCGGACUCUGAUGACGGUGAACUCAUCAUCAGCGCAUUCUGCCGCUGCAGCCUCUACGCAGCAUAUACUCUGCGUAUUGCUAGAGUUUUUUGCGACAAUUUUGCUGACGUUGCUUCGCACCAAGAGAUGAUUCGUAGACAUCUGCAGUUCCGCAUUGUGAAAACACUGGCAGAAGUCAUGGAAUUGCAGGCCACCACCUGCAAGGAGCACACGGCAGGCCACAGCACAUCACCUGCUGGACUAACGGUGCCAGUAGCGAGUAGCCAGGUUACGCGCAAGAACGCGACGGGCUGCCCGGCGGCCGUGCUGGGGCUGGCCGCCGUCUUCAUGGCGCUGGUGGACGCCGCCGUCGCCAGGAACGUGACGGGCAGCGAGCGCGCCGCGCGACGCCGGCCCCCGGCCGCGCCCGCGCCGCCCCCGGACGCCCCCUACGACUUCAUCAUCGUGGGCGGCGGCACCGCCGGCUGCGUGCUCGCCAACCGCCUCUCCGAGGUGCCUGACUGGAAGGUGCUGGUGCUGGAGGCUGGAGGCGAGGAGCCGUACGAGGCGCUGGUGCCGCCGUUCGCGCCGCUGCUGGAGAACACGUCGGACUGGGGGCUGCGCAGCGCCGGGGGCGGCCGCGCGUGCGGCGGGGGCGGCUGCGCCUGGCCGCGGGGGCGGGGGCUCGGCGGCUCCAGCGUGCUGGGCGCCGGCAUGUACGCGCGCGGCUUCCCGCAGGACUACGACCGCUGGGCCGAGCACGGCAACCCCGGCUGGGGCUUCGAGGACGCGCUCAAGUACUUCCUGCGCUCCGAGAACAACCUGGACGCCGACGUGGCCGCCGACGGCCGCCACCACGCCAGGGGCGGCCCGCUCCCCGUGCAGAGGUACCCGUUCGCGGACGACAACGCGCGCGCCCUGGUGUCGGCGUUCCGGGAGCUGGGGCUGCAGGAGGUGGACGCGGCGGGAGCCGCCCCAGAGGGCGUGGCCAUCACGCAGGCGGCCAGCCGGGACGGGGAGCGCGCCAGCGCCAACGCCGCCUUCCUGCGGGCCGCGCGCGCCAGGCCCAACCUCACAGUCCGCACCGGCGCCACCGUCACCAAGGUGGACAUCGAGGCGGGCAGCCUGCGCGCCACCGGCGUGCGCUACGUGCUGGCCGGCUCCAACGCGACGCUGCGCGCGCGCGCCUCCCGUGACGUCAUCCUGAGCGCGGGGGCGGUGGCCAGCCCGCAGCUGCUCAUGCUGUCCGGCGUGGGUCCCAGCGAGUGGCUGCGGCCGCUCGGCAUUCCCGUGCUCCGGGACCUCAGCGUCGGCUACAACCUGCAGGACCUGGUGAGCUCCGGCGGCGUGACGCUGGUGCUGGAGCAGACCGCGACGGCGCCGCGCCAACCCCGCCAGCAGCUGGUCGACCUGGCCAGGUACAUCCAGCUGGGCAACGGGCCGCUCUCCGCCACCGGCGUCCACCAGGUGACGGCGUUCAUGCGGUCGCAGUACGCGAAGCUGCCGCAGCACUACCCGGACAUCCAGUUCCUGUUCGAGUCCGAGCUGGUGCCGGUGAACGGCUCGGCCGGCGCGCCGCAGACGGCUCCCGCGGCCAACGCGUCCUGCUUCAGCGCCGCCAUCGACAACGCGACCAACGCCACGGCGCAGCCGCUGGCCUACUACAACCGCAUCGUGGUGCGGCCGGCGGUGUUGCGGCCGCGCAGCCGCGGCAUCGUCAGGAUCAACACGACGGACCCGCUGCGGCCGCCGCAGAUCUUCCCCGGCUACUUCUCGGAGCGGCGCGACCUCUACGUGCUGAUCGAGGCGCUGCUGGUGGGGGCGCGCCUGUCGCAGACGCGCGCGCUGCGCAGCCUGGGGGUCGCGCUGGACCCCACGCCGCUGCCGCGCUGCCGCAGCUUCGUGUUCGGCUCGUUCGCCUACUGGCAGUGCGUGGCGCUGCAGUACACGAGGACGAUGCACCACCCGGCGGGCACCUGCAAGAUGGGCGCCGACUUCGACCCCAACGCCGUCGUGGACGCCGAGCUGCGCGUGCGCGGCGUGCAGGGCCUGCGCGUCGUCGACGCCUCCGUCAUGCCGUUCGUCGUCAGCGCCGCCUCCAGCGCGCCCGUCGUCAUGAUCGCCGAGAAGGCGGCCGACAUGAUCAAGCGCCGCUGGCUCUGGCUGGACAACUCGACGCUCGUCAACACCACGGCGGCCAACGCGACGGCGGACGUGCCCGCGAUGCCCAAGAGGGUGCCGCCCAAGAACGCCACCGGGAGGCCCACAAGCACUGGCAAGAUGGUGCCAAACCUGCUGGGUAUCGUGACUCCAAUGCCUUCGGGUGGCAACAAAACUGCCGGAGACAAGGACACUUCCAAAAAUGAAGUCAAGGAAUCUACAAUGUGGUGGCCCUUCUCCAACAUACCUUGGCAGAAACUGAAAAUAUGGUGAAGCUUCGUCGGUCUCGCAUCACUGAUAUAUUCCUUGACAAGAAAACUGUAACCGAAUCACCGUAUUACAAACAGACAACGCGUUAUGUAUCGAUGCUCGGGAAGUCGUUCGACGCAAGUACGUGCCUGAACGUCAUUACAUAAAUUUCAGAACUCAGAGAUACAUGCUGUUGGAACGGAAGCAAUUUCCGCCGAUCACCUCAACAACAAAGUGUACGAAACGGCUGUAUCAGACAGAGGAAUGUCGUUGCUCACGUACACAUACAGUCGCUGCAAUCCAAUCCACAGUGGGUGACUCCACAUUCAAUGGUAGCACAGGUGAUUACUACAGGGAAAAUGACUACGUCCGUGCGCGUUGUAAAUAAUCUGAUUAUAUCUUUGUGGACUCUGUGAAGCAAUAUUUGGGUAAUAAUGUUUACACAUUCCAUCUAGAAAAAAAGAUUCCGGAAUGUAUAAUUAAUGCCUUUGUGAGGAACUAGACAUCUUUCACAACUGUCUGCUACUUCACAUUUUGUAUCAUCUCCCUUACACUGUCUAAGCUUCUCAUUCGUUCUGUUGGCUGACUUUGUAGAAUAUUUAUUUCUCUUUUCAGUACAUAUAAUUCAGAUUCCACACACCUGAACAAUAUUCACAGCAUACACCAUGCAAAUGUUUUAUACUCAAUCUCGGUAGUUGGAUUUAUCUUCAACUGCGCCUACGUGUUUGAUCUUCUUCAUAAACGCAAACAUUUCUAACUCCUGCGUUUUUAGAAUAACAUAAUUUACUUAAGUUGUGGCUUGUUGUUGUUGUUGUUGUUGUUGUACUCUUUUCAGUUCGAAGAAUGGUUUUAUGCAGCUCUCCAUGCUACUCUAUCUAUGAGCUCAGGCUCAUAAUCUCCGAACAAAUAUUGCAACCUACAUCCUUAUGAGUGUGCUCACUGUCUCUUGGUCUCCCCACACUCCCCUCCAACAGUAAGUUGGUAUCCCUUGAUGUCUCAGAAUGUGUCCUACCAACCGAUUCCUUCUUUUGCUCAAAUUGCGUUACAAAUUUCUGUUCUCCUCUGUUCUAUACAGUACCUCCUGAUUAAUUGCGUGAUCAACCCAUCGAGUCUUCAUUCUUCUGUUGCACCACAUUUCAAAGGCUUCUAUUCUGUUUUCGUCUAAAUUGUUUAUGUCCACGUUUCACUUCCAUACAUGGCUACAUGCCUAGACAAGUAGUUCAAGAAAAGAUUUCCUAAUACUUACACCUGUAUUGGAUGUUAACAAAUUUCUCUUCUUCAGAAAUGCUUUUCUUGCCGUUGCCAGUGUACAUUCUAUAUAUUCUCUACUUUAGCCAUGACCAGUUAUUUUUCUGCCUAAAUAGCAAGACUCAUCUACUACUUUAAAUGCCUCAUUUCCCAAUUUCAUUCCCUCAGCGUUACCUAGUUUAAUUCGACUACAUUUCUUUAUCGUUGUUUUACUUUUACUGGUGUUAUGUGCUUUGAAGACAAUCUUCCCUCAACUGCUCUUCCAAGUCCUCUGCUGUCUCCGACACAAUUACAAUGUCAUCGACAAACCUCAAAGUUUUUAUUUCUUUUCCC